UUAUGUUAUAGUUGGACAGUUAAACUGAUACGGCGAAUACAAAGAUCUUGCAUGUCUGUGGAAAAAGUAACAGCUGCCUCUGCGUAUCUUUUCUUACAUUAAGAUAAAGUAAUAAAAAAAAAAAGAUACGUUAGUGUGUGAUAUUGAAGCCCGGUAUAAAUAUCUCGGAAUUAGGCCUUUGAUCGAUUUUUCUCUUUAGUUUGUAUACAAAUCUAGAUAGAAUUGUGCAUAUUAUUUGACUUAUGAAGGCCUAUUUGAUGGUACCUGCUCUAGAAGACUAGAUCUAUAAGGCUCCUACAGAGGCUACAUAAAAAAAAAUAUAUAUAAAUUAUUUCGCGCUGACAAUUUAUUUUAUCUUAUCCGAAAGAGUUAUAUACCCUUGUCAACAAAGUCAAAGGUGGCGCUAUUGUUUACAAUGGCUGUGUGAGGAAGAAUCUCAUUCUUGUUUACCGUUACAAGAUGCUACAAUUAUUUCGUUAAUUUCGAUGAUUUGGUCUGAUAUGAUCUGCCGACAGGAACACAAUGGAAGCGUUAAAUGCGAAUUAUUUACAUGCAGAUGAAAUAUGUGGUUCGAAAAAGAAUGUAUCGGAAAGAAACCAGAGCAAUAAUGACGAAAUUGCGGAAGACAAGAAGAAUGACAAUGAAGAUAACGAUAAUAAUAGAAACAAAGAUGUGCCAUUUUCCGAUAUAACAGAUGACUGUCAAGAAUCGCACGAUGAGAGCGUUAGUGGAGGCUCGGAGUCUGAUUUGACAGGUAUAUCUGAUGAAGCCGUCUCUUCAAAGCACUGUUCAAAUGAUAAUUCUGCUUUGUUGGAUCACAAUCAUCAUAACGGACCGGUGUUUCCUGCUCGCCAUAGAGACUUACAGUUAGCCUUUUCUCAUUCUUCCGUGGAUGCCGUGGGGUUGUCAUCAGCAACCAACUUAAAUGAUGACCAGUCAACACAUGCUAUGAAAAAGGCAAUAUUGUCGUAUAUUGAUAAAGUUGAAGAUAAAUCAAUUACCUCUAAUUCUAAAACGCUGAAGAGAUCAUCUUCUGUUUUAUCCAGUCAGGAAUCAAACUUUACAGGCAUUAGUCUUAGUAACAACAGUGUUAGUAAUUCUUCCAGUAACUUAGAAAAUAUAUCUAAAGGAGUGGGAGAAGCAGAUAAUGAAAUAUUGCCUCCUUUAAAUGCAUCACUUUUUAAUUGCCAGUUUCAAACUCCUAGUUGGAUUGAUGAUCCAUUGAUUGGAGUACCAGCAAGUGCCAUGGAAAAUAAAAAUACACACAGGAAAACAGGUGCCGAUAUGAGAAUUUUAACAGCAUAUAUGAGAUCACUAAAUGAAAUGAGGUUACCCGAGGCUAUACCACCCAAUGACCUGGAUAAAUAUUUGUCAUCAUUUUUCCUAGUGGUAAGAAAAGCUGAUGGCAGCGAGUAUGAACCUUGUAGCCUACGUGCAAUGCUUGCCAGCAUAGAACGCUAUUUGCGCUUUAAAAAUUAUCCUUUAUCUUUAACAAGAGACUCUGCUUUUUCUAACAUGAGAAAUGUUCUAAAAUUAAAACAGCAAACAUUGCGAUCUAUAGGAAAGGGGCAGAAGACACCUAGUGAAGUUUCCCCUUCCACUUUAGCUAGAGAAGGGAAGAUCGCUCAUCUUUUCAAAUCUCAGGAAAUGGGACCAUACACUCCUAGCUCUGUGGUUUUCACUUUAUGUUUUUAUUUCUGCAUGUACUUAAGACUACGCAAAUCAACAGAGAAUAAGAAACUUUUAUGGGGAGAUAUUGUUCUUUGUAAAGAUGACAAUGGCAGGGAAUUUUUGACAUUUUCUAGUCAAAUGCUUCGACGAACACAAAGUUCUUCCAAGUUAAACUUAAAACAACGAAUAUUUCGUGUCUGGGCAGAUCCCAGUUGUCCAGAAAAGGACCCUGUUACUAUCUACAAAUUUUAUGCACAGAAAAGGCCUACAUCUAUGAAUACUAAUUUUGCUCCAUUCUAUUUGGGAAUCAAUGUUUUGUAUCCAACCCAAGGGCAGCUGUGGUACAGACCAGCAGCUAUGGGAAUUAACAAGCUUAAUGAAAUGGUCAGACAAAUAAGGGAUAUUACUGGUGUCCGCAGUACUUCAGAUUUCAAUAGUGAACUGAACAUGGCAGAUAGACAUCCACCUGAUCCAGAUGGUCAAGAGGAGCACAGUCCCUUGCAUGAUAUGACAGAUCGACAAGAAGCAGAGUGUGAAGUCAAAAUGGAAGCUGCCGAUGAAGGAAAUGAGGAUGAAGGAAACUACAACUUAGCUGUAGAUUUUAGCCAAGAUCAGCGUGACCCACCUUUAGACUGCUCUCAGCACAAUGGUGAAGGGACCUCUUCUGUUCAUCAGUUAGGUGGAGGGCUAUUAUCUAAUGCACACUCUGAUGAGGACAACAGUAAUGACAGUUCCUCGCAGCAUUCAUUUCCUUCCAACAUAAACGGUGAUGCCAGCCAGGAUGUGAGAAAUGGUAAAGACAAUGACAAAGAAAUAGACCUCACUCAGCGCAGAAGCCCUGAAUUUCCUUUGAAUUGCUCUACCAAAAAGAGGAGCUACACAGGCUCAGAUGCUCUGUACCAAUUUUUCUAUCCUGGUGCUGGUUUGUCUGAUAUCUUGAGUGUAGAUGAUGCUAAGCAACACCUGAUGAGUGUAGUUAAAAAAAUGGACCUGCGGGACAUCAUGGAGUUUGAACAGUGGCUCAAGAGAGUAAAAUUUAUCGCAGAUCCACACUCAGGUGAGGUGGUGUGUAAAGAAGAAGAACCAAUGAAUGUGAGAGCAAACACCAUACCAAGUUCUCAAGGGGCAAGCAUUACACUUAACAUUUCACUGACUCCGCAAGCAAUGCAAGGAGAUGGACCUAUUACUGUUACAGCACUUACUUCCAUUCCCUCAGAGCAGCAACGAAAUUCUUCCAGCAGCAAACCUAGCAAUCAGCAAAGCAAAAAUUACUCCUCUCUUAAACAGUCUUCUGCCUUCCCACUGGUUGGUUUGCCCCAUGGCCUUGUCGGUUCAGCUGCUGGCCAGUCGUCACCAGACAAACCGCUUGACUUGGUCACAAGCCCAGUAAAUAGAAAUACCAAAUCAUCGACCUCGAGCUAUCAGUCUAAAACAAGCAGGUUACAUGGGGGUAAUGGGAUUUUCCCCUCUAUGGCGUCAGGCAGCAGUUCUACUAGUUUUGACUCGUCACUGGCUAAGCGGUUGCGGAUGUCAGCAGAGCAAGCUGAGGCCUACACCAGUGCUUCCAUAAUGGCAAGCUUAAGUUCGGCAAAUCUGGUUAGUGAGAGGCUGCGUCUUCAGCUUAUGCAGGCUGGCCUCAGGAUGGGGGAAUAUGGCCUUGAUGCCCACACAGCAGGUCUAAUGGAGAUGGCCAGCACUGAAGCUCUACGUUCCCAGUUGUUACAGCACUAUGGAAUCAAAUCUGAGCCCAAGUAAAUGACUCCAACAUCUUGAUAUAUAUAUGUAACAUGUAUGUGCAUAAAUGUGUGUUACAUGUAUAAAUGUAAUAUCUGCUACCUCUCUACAUUGUUAGCGCCUUUUAAAAACUAUUUAUUUAUAAUUGUGGGAUCUAAACAAAAAAACAACUAAACUUAUUUGACUGUUGUGUUUGAAAUGAUCAUUGCUAACAUGCCUGUAGCUCUUUUAGUUGGAGAGUAAUCUCUUGACUGUCUACUGUAUUGCAAUGGUUUGUAUUUGUAACAAAAUGGUCACAUUUUUUAAAAGACAUUUGACUAAACGUUAAAAAAAAAUCUCUAAAUGAUCUCUUGCUAUGUGAUAUCUCUUUGAUACAUUUUUGACUUUUUUAAUCAUUGAAUCUUUGUUGUUAUUUUUUUAUGUGUCACAAUUUUCAUAACAAAAAAAUCAAAAUUUUUAUAAAUUUUUGGUUGUAACCGAUGGUAUAAUUAGACUCUGCUUACAAUACUAUUACAGAUCUAUUUAUUACUCAUUUUAAAAACAUUAAAAGUAAAUAUUGCUGUGGAGCUAUUGAUUCAAAUUGUAUCUUGCCAAAACCUAUUUGUGUAGAAAUAAUUUCUAAUAGAGUAGUCUUAUACUACCAUACCAUAAACAUAAAAAAAAAACAACAUAAUAUCGAAACAAUUAAAAAUUUCUGAGUAAACAAAUUUAGUAAUGGCUACCCCGAGAAUGUUGUAUGUCCCUGUCCUUUAUUGGACAUUUCAUCUACGUUGAAGUAAAAUGAACUUUCUUGACAUACUUUUAGUUUUUUCUAAGCAGGUUUCUCUGCACUUUUUGUAGUACAGGUAAUUUUAUAAAGAAACAAAAUGUAGAGUGAUAUCAAAUAAGGAGCCUUUUUUUUUUUUUUUGCUAUCUCCUUCAGCAUAGUUGAUUGUGUGAUUAUUCUUGCUGAUCUGUGUAUGUAUGGCUGCAAACAACAGAUGGGUUGGGACAGUAGUACCAUAUAGUUUGGUGGUGGGGUACAUAUAUUUAUACUUUUUUUAAAAGUAUCCUUUUAACCUGAACUGGCAACGAAAAAUAUCUCCAUAAUGACUUCUCUGUUUGUUUUCAGUGUAACCUAACAAUUUAUUUUAAUUAUUGACACAGAAAUUGAUAUUCAGCCUACAAACAUUCUCUUAUAGCAAGACAGUUUCACCCUCUUUUGUUGUGGGUGUAGUGACUUCCAGCAAUACUUGAAAACAGAGAAUUCUUUGAAUACACCAUAUUGAUUUUUUUUUAUCUUCUUAACACAACUAACAAACUCUACUAUGUAUUUCAUGUAAUGCCUGUUCAGACCUUGAUCUCUUCAUACUUCAGGCUAUUUGAUGACACAAGUACUUUCAGGCUAUUUGAUGACACAAGUACUUUCAGGCUAUCUGAUGAAAGUAGAUUUAGUUAGCGACACAUUUCUUCUAGUCAAUACUGUUUUUUUUUUAAUUCUAAAUUUUAUGAUGAUGGAAUAAUUGUUUCCACUGUCUAUGUGCAAUGGGCUUAACUCUAUACAGGGACAGAACUUGUUGAGAUUAAUGUACAGUUGUGUAAACUAGCCAGUAGAGAUUUGGUUUUGCUCUGUAGACUUUUAUUAUUUUACAUUUACAUUAUUAUAUUACUCAUCAAUAUUUCACUCUUAUUUAUUUUUAUGGCAACAAAAACAAAGGUUUUUGUUUUGUUUUGUUUUGUUUUUACUCUGAUGUUUUUGUCUCAUGUUUCUGACAUUUCUAAAAGCAAGGGCUUAGGGUAGCGCUCCUGAAUCUGUACACUAUUUCUACUGCUAUAGUUUGAACACUAGAAACAAAACCAAGGCAGCAAAGAUAAAUGGUAGUUUGUUAUCCAUCAGUUGAAACAAAACCUCACUACAAAGAUUGUUUUGUUUGUUGUUUUAGGGAGUUCAAGAACAGGAAAUGAAAUGAUCAAUGCAAUCUUUUGAUGUUGAUGAGUCUUUUCAUUUGUUUCUUGGUUGUCUCUUGACACUAAAAAUGUUUCCGUUAUUUAACUGAGCAUAUCAUUGUAUAUUCUUGCAAAAUGCAUAUAUGUAAAUGUUAUUUUUUUUAAACAAAAAUCUAAUAUUUCUACUUGAUCACAAACUUGACAAUUUCAAUUUUGCAAAUAGUUCAAAAUAACAAGAUUGCAUUUUUUUUUUUUAAAUAUUGAUUUUUUAAUGCUUUCCAAUGCUUUUUACAUAUUUUUGGCUUAUUCCUGUACGUUUAUGAAAUGCACAUAUUUAUUUAUACAAAUAUUAUUUUUAUAGAUACCAGAUUGGUUAAGUCCGUAUGGACAGCUUUAUUCCUUCAAAACAUUCGCAAACUGUUUUUGUUGCUGCUAUGCUAUUGAUCUUAGACGUAUUUUGAUUUUAUUUCAUCUACACUGUUUUGUUGUCAAAGCUCUUAUCUUAGUUUCAAAUGAUACUACAUCAUCAAUGACAAUGUGUAUGUCUGUCUUGUUAUCUAGUAGAACUUCAAAGUUAUUGGCACAAAAUUCAGAUUUUUUUGUUUUUUCUCAUUGUCAUAGUGGGCAUGAGAUUGUAUGUGUUUCAUUGAAUCACAGUGUUUUAGUUCAUUCGUUGUAUGGUGAUCUUAAUGGACUAUUCCAUAAUAUCACUGAAAUAGAACUAUACUAAACAUAUCUUGUUGUAGAAAGCAGUUUAAAAAAAAAAAGCAAUUGUUUUAAUUGUUCAGCAACAACAAAAAUUGAGCAAUUUUAUUUGGCAAUAAAAAUGUGUAAAUUUAUAUUCAUUUAAUAUGGAACAGCAACAAACUAAUAUGAAAUUCUAUUCUGAUUUGACAAAGAUAUGACAUUUUAGAUAGAUGGUACUUGUUGGAAUCGUACUCUCAUUCUGAUCAUGUGUAGUUCCUUCCAUGACAUAGUUUUACUAUUCACAUGUAGAGGUUAAUACGUAAAGCUUGAACUGACAAAGGAAUUUUUUUUUUCUCUAAAAUUUUUUAUUGCUUUCUUUUUGCCAUCCUCUAGAUCUAUACUCACAUGUAACAAACUUGGCAUUCAUCUUGUAUUUGUGUAAAUAUGCUAUAAUAAAAAGCUGUUGCAUGUGAGAAACUCUCCUACUGCCUGCUGUUUGUGAUGUACAGUACUGUUUAUAGUGUACAGAGGUCAUGUUGACAUGGUCUUUUGUUUACCUCACUCCAAACAAAAAAUUGUAUAUCUUUACAUAUUGACUAUAUAUGUUUACUAUGACGAUAGUAUAGACUAAAUCUACCAACGAUUUGUUGAUUAAGUGAUCUCCUUUUCACAUAUCUCUCUAAUUAUGUGUUUGUUUGUUGUUUUUUUAUUUAUUAUUAUUUUUUUUUUUUUGCACUAAAAUGUACGGCCAUAUAUUUUGAAACGUUUUGAUGCACAUUUUUAGCUAAUUGUAUCUAUAUGCAGCCAUAUCAAAUGUUAACUUUUUUUAUGAAGCACCUUUCUAGUUAUUCAAUCUGUAUGCAGACUCAUGGAUAUAUGAUUUUUUUUUUUUUUUCAAAUAUCAUUAUAGCUAAAUUUUAAGAUAUUCUAAAACAACGAAUUUGUAUUGUCUAUUUCAUUUUCCCAAAUAUUUCUUUGCAUUGUCUUUAUUUGUUAACAUUUAAAACACUAACAGACAUUAUCAGAUUAUGACGUUACAAAUUUCUGUUGAUCUUGAGAGCUUAGGGAUUGUUUUUAGCUUUUUUUAGUGGAUAGUUUUAGAGAAUAGUUAAUCAAUGAAGGUCUUGGGCAAUGAUCUAACUGAAAGUAGAAAUUUGUGGGCGAGACAUUUACCUCUUCACAUUUACUUCUUGUGUGUGCUAUGUAAGUCAUAGAUACUAAAACAUUCAUGGUAUACAGAAUGAGCAAUCCCCCACUAGUUGUCUUAGUGUCAGUUGCCCCCCCCCCUUUUUUUUUUAAAUCUUUAGUCACAUUUAGUAUGAAAAACAAGUUACAAAUUUUCAAUAACUAUUAAUUGUGUGGUGUAAUACAUUUUCAGUGAGUAAUUUUUGUUGUGAAAGUUCAGAUGUGAUCUUGCUCAUUCUGUAUUCUAGUUAGUAAAGGGUUUGGACACUAUUUGGGCCAUAUCAUGCCCCUGUAUUCUAGUCUUUAUUCUGUCUUUGAUGAUGUUUCAUCCCAUGUUGCACAUUUAAAACCUAUACAGGCAAGUCUGUUAUGUUUUAUAGUGCUGGAGGAUUGAAUGUACAGUAGAACAUGGAUGCAAUGUAGGUCUUGGGAAUUAGAAUAACAUUCUAAAAUGUUCAAACCUGAAAGCCCAUCAACUUUUACUCAAGUAUUAUAAGUCUUCUCUAAGUUUUACUCAAGUAAACUCAGAUUUUUUUUGUUUGUAACAACUGUGCAAGUUGUCUUUGCUAAGUCAAAGUAUGCUAAUAUCACAUGUUAAUUGUUCUUUUCUAGGCAGUUUUUAUUUUCCAUCCUAGUGCUAUUAAGGUUUUUUUUUUCUUUUUGAGAUGAAGAUUGACUGGAAACAAAAUGGAUAAUUAUUGUAAAUAGUCUACACUUUGAUGUUUUAAAAAGUGUUUCUUUUUAACAUUUGCACAUAAUCACAUGCAAUGAGAUAAGUCUUCUUGUAUAAAUAUACCCUUUAAAAGUCUGUAGCUUAUAACAUAGACAAUUCUACCACCAAGACUAACAUUCAGAUGAAAUUUCAGAUUAUAUACCAAAAUGGACAAACAUCAUGUUUUAAUUUGCUAAAUUGAAUGGAAGUUACCAACAGUUUCUUAACUUUAGUAUGUGAAGGGCUCUUCAUAUUUAAAAACAAAAAAGAUAUAGAUCAUAGACUUGUAUAUACUAAAUCUAGACUGGAGUUGGACUUUUUUUAACACUACAAAAAUGCCGUGAAAAUUUGUUAGAAAGCUGAAACAAAGUUUUGUAAAGUAGUUAAAAGAAGUAAAGUUGUUGGUUUUUUUCAACCCUAACCUAUGUAACAUAUAAUUUAAUUUUUAGAUCUAGAUCUAGUAAUUGAACAUCAAAAAUAAGAGUACUCUCGUCUCAUAAUUAUUAUUUUGCAAUUUUUAUAUACAUAAUCUAGAAAGAUCUAGGUAAUCAAUCUAUUUAAAUGUACAUAAAAUGAUUUAAAUCAGCAUGAAUUAUUUCCAUCUAGGAUUUUUGAAACAUUAUCUCAAUGGAAACAAACAGAAAUGGCUUUGUUUCAUAUAUUUGCGUGAAUAUCCGAGAAAUGAGUUUGCAUUAUUUCUAAACUUUGAAAACUAAAGAUCAUUACUUUUCUAAGACAGAAAAGAUUGAUUGGGCGACUCCCUUUAGAGCCUGUAAAAAGGGUUUAGGUACAUAAAAUCUAUAGUAUAGGUCUGUGUAUCGAUCAAUUGCGGAUAAGAAUUUAUUUCCGGUUUCCAGUCUAGAUAUAAUAUAUGUCUAUGAUAUAGAAUAUACUUAUAUAGCUCUUUUUUUUUCGUUCUAAAAAUUUUUAAUGGAAAGUACUGUUACCUCAUUGUAUAAGGCCAAUCUGGGAAAUUGAGUUUAUAAUCAUUUUUAAAGAUAUUGAUAACUAAUAGAUUCUUUUUUAAGAGUUACCUUUUUUUUCCUUAGGAUUUAGACAAGAUUUUUUUAAGCAGAAUAUAGUAGCUAUAGGUUAAAGACAAUAUACCAUUGUCCUCUUGUAGUCUUGUGGAAUUAUUGGUAUGUCUAAGUACUGAAAUAACUUGUCUUAAAUGGUAGCAGGAGGAAAGAAAAUUGUAACUUGCAAUGAAUCUAAGAGUUUAGUUUGAAGGUGUUGUACUUUGAAGAAGCAGAUCUUCCCUGACAAGCUCUACAUUUUGUUUUCACUAUGGCAUCUGAUUCUCAACAUAAUCUAAUUCUUAAUACCAACAGGGACUAGAUUUGUCUUUAUCAUGAGAUUACAUUGAACAUCCUCUAUGUUGUAUUGAUAUUCUACUGUAGCUGUGUUUUGGUUUGAAAGAAGGCUAUGUAACAGUCUAUUGACGCGUGCAUGUCACUAUUUUUUUCUGAAGGGCCUUAUCUAAUGGAAUGUUCUUCUUGCAUCCUGGUUGUGUUACUUCUACUUGCAAGGCACUGCAGUCUUCUAACUUCUCUGCUGGCUUGCACAGUUUAAUGAGUCUGUAGUGCUAUAGUAUUGAUUGAUCUCUUCCAAAUGCUUCAAGGGGUAAAUGAAUUAACAGCGACUCGUUAAUUACUGUCAUUAAAUUAAGACUGACGAGAAUUUUUUUUUAAGGUUGAAAUUGUUGGUUUUGUAUGUUUAUAUACGUAAGUCUACAUUGUCACAGCCAUUUUAUGAUAGUCUUUGUCCUUUUUUUUCCUUCAGUAUGAAAUAUUAGCAAGACUUUAACAAAAUAAUUUAGCGUUUGAUUAAUGAUAAGGGAUAUAACAGAAAAUUGAAGGCAUUUUGUAUUUCAUUUGUAGACUCUGCUUGUCAGUGAUUGAGUUGAGUGACUUUGUAAGAGCAUGUUACUUUGUUGUUGUUUGUACUAAAUCUAAGGACAAUGCAAUUCACUUGUUGGCCACUUUAUUUCUAGACACUAUCAAAACUAUUGUUGAAAACAGGAACAAAAAUGGUUGUAAGAUGUAGAACUAUGACUUGUGCUGUAACACUGAUUCAAAAUCAAAAGGUUUGCUAGGUUUUUAUCUUAUCCUGUUGUUUUUUUACUUGAAAAUGUUGCUAAACAAUUUUUGGUUAUCUUUUUUUUUUUUUUAAAUUUUGUCCAAAUAGUGCUUCUCUUUUUACUAUUGUAAGUAGUGGUCAGCACUAACAACUAAUUAUCUCUUCUAUUAGUUAAAAGUAAAAUAUUAAUUUUAAAAAAAAAAAGGAAUGAUAAAUAUUUAGUCUUAAAAAUCUAUUAUAUAUAUAUAUAUACUCUCUUUCAUUUUCAUCAGGGUCUUAUUUUUUUUUAACUUGUAACAUAUUUGAACAUCAAACUAGCACUUUGUAUAUAUACAUUCUCAACACUGAUUUUCCAAAUGGAUAGCAGUCUGAUCCUGCCAAGUAGACUUGCUAUAGUUUUUUGUUUUUUUCAUAUUAAUCUCAAUUGUAAUAACAUUGCUAACUGCAUUUUAUAUUUAUGAAAACUUUGGUGUAUUUAUAGAGAUAUUUAUUUCAUAUGGUGGCGGACACUAGUCAUAAUUUCUCAUGUCAUUUGAUCUGUUUUUUUUGUUGUUUUUUUCAUUUUCCAAAAUUUUCUGCUUGUUUUGGAUAUGUGUUUAUAAUGAGCUAGAUUUCUAUGUUAAAACUUAAUGACCUUAAUCCUGAAGGCACUAGUCAUAGUAAAAAUGUAGAUUUAAUUUUUUGGUUCACUUAUUUAGAAAUAGGGCCUAGCUUUGAGAGUGUUGAGUAAGUAAAGUCAAUGUCCCUUUGAUACCCUUUGUUGGUGAAGUUCCCCCAUUUUCAUGGUCAAUGUUAGGAGUCUGUCCCUAAAAAAUAUUUGGACCUUGGUGGACAAUAAAACAACCUUCCAACUCUAGAUCUUGACAGCAAAGUAAUAGUUUUUUAAACUGAUUUUGAAUCAUUUUGUGACUUAACAAACAGCAACCAAGUCUUCAAUUGGUUUUAGAAACUUGAAUAGAACAGUUUAUUGUUUUCCAAUGGCCACAAGUAUCAGCAUAAUAGGAAGAAAACUGAAAUAGAGAAACAGGGUGUUUUUUUUUGUUUUUUAUGUUUCUCGUCAAUUGAUGUAAUCUGUUUUUAUUUACAAUCUCCUUUGUACAUAGAGAGAUUUUGUUUUUCCUUGUUUAUUAUUUGAAAAAAACAUUGACCUUUGUUUUUGUAAAGUAGCCAAGUGUUGAGCAACUAACAUGACUCUAGAAACUAUAUGCUGUCUCUAAAUUAUUUUAUUUUAAAACAUUUCAUGUAUUUUGUAUUGUGUAGAUUGAUGAAUAUCACGGCGGUGGGAAGAUAUCUAUUUUUACAAGUUUUGAAGACAUAUUCGAAUGAUUACAGGACUACCAUAAGCUUGUAUAGUUUACUUUAUUUUUCAAGAGAAAGAAUUAGUCUACUUAGCCAUUUGUUUUUCUGCAUUUAAAUUUUUAGCAUUUGUUAAUGUGAUUAUUUUUUUUUUUUAUCUUGUAAAAUAUUUGAUGAAAAAAAAUGAAGAGAUUAUUCUACAGUUUAUGAGUGGCAAGGCAGGGUGACAUGAUCUCUCAGGUAAUGAACUUCUUCCAAAGAAACCUUUUUCAAAUAUUAUGUCCUACCUCUCAAAGCUUGUAUGACUGAUUCAUUAACAAUAUAUGCUAUUUAUUUGUUGUGGACUUUUUUUUUUUGUUUGUUUCUUUGCCCACUGUACAAUGCUUAUUUCUUAGCAUCUGAUAUUAUUGUUAUAAUUAUUACACUAAUUAUUAUUAAAACAACUUUUAGAACUGCUGCUGUUAGACUCAGGUGGAAAAGAAAGUCAACUCAGACUUACGUUGAAAUCAGCUGAUGGAUAUACUGGCUAUUGCUAGGCUGACCUAAUUCAUUCAUGCAAUCUUUAAACAUCUCUUAACGCUUUUUUUAGAAUUUCUAGAUUUUUUUUGUUCUUAUAUUUGGGUUUGAAGAAAACACAAGAGGUUGCUUAGAAAGCACUUUGUUAACUUACGAGUUAGCAAGUUAUUUGUUCUUAUAAGGGGUUGAGUGAGUUGCACUGUCCUUGUAGACAUGUAAUGUGUAUUUGGUGUUGGGAAAACACAAUAUGAACAUGUAAUCAAAAUAAAUAUCUUUUUCAAUUGA